CAUCACAAAAUCAAAGGCAUUCUAGUGAGACCACUUUGAAAUCGCAAUGUCUCGAGUAAUCGUUGUUACUACGUUGUCGUUGUUGCUUUUUGAUAUAAUUUGUGAUGCCCAACUUUCAUCCACAUUUUACGAUCAAACUUGUCCCACUGCACUCAAUACUAUCAGAACUGUUGUCAGGCAAGCAGUUUCUCAAGAGCGUCGAAUGGCUGCCUCUCUCAUUCGCCUCCAUUUCCAUGAUUGUUUCGUUCAAGGUUGUGAUGGAUCGAUAUUGCUUGAUGACACUCCUUCCAUGAUUGGUGAACAAAAUGCAGCUCCAAACAGAAACUCUGCAAGAGGUUAUGGGGUGAUACACAAGGCUAAAACUGAAGUUGAGAAGAUAUGUCCUGGCGUUGUAUCUUGUGCAGAUAUUCUUUCAGUGGCUGCAAGAGAUGCAUCUUUUGCUGUUGGAGGUCCAUCUUGGACAGUAAAACUUGGAAGAAGAGAUUCUACCAUUGCAAGCAAAACUCUAGCUGAAAGUGAGUUACCAGGCUUCCAAGAAAGCCUUGAUAGACUUAUAUCCAUUUUUGCAAAUAAAGGUCUCAAUGCUAGAGACAUGGUUGCACUGUCAGGUUCUCACACCAUAGGACAAGCUCAAUGCUUUCUUUUUCGCAAUAGGAUAUACAACCAAAGUAAUAUUGAUGCGGGAUUCGCUAGUACUCGUCGUAGAAAUUGUCCUACAACUGGUGGAAAUGGAAAUUUGGCACCACUUGAUUUGGUUACACCUAAUUCCUUUGACAAUAACUACUUCAAAAAUCUGAUGCAAAAGAAAGGAUUACUUGAAACGGAUCAAGUUCUCUUCAAUGGAGGAUCAACAGAUAGUAUCGUCACAGAGUAUAGUAGGAAUCCAGCUGCAUUCAAAUCAGAUUUUGCCACAGCAAUGAUAAAAAUGGGUGACAUUCAACCUCUCACUGGGAUAGAAGGACAAAUAAGAAAUAUAUGUGGUGCGGUGAACUAAAAAAUUAAUUUGUUUUAUUAGAUGUCUAUACUUUUGUGCAAGAUGAUUAUAUCUUAAAUCAAUUUAUUCAUUUGUUAUGUAAUUUCUAUUUUUCAUUAAUAGUUCAUUCACUUGUGUAUUAUUGAUCCAUAUUAUUAUUUCAAGUGUAAUUAUCUUUGUAAUUCUAAUUUCAAUGGUAAUAAAGAUAUACAUACGCAUGUUC